CGGCUCGCCCGUCUUCCUGAUGAAGCUGGCGCAGCACGCGCGGCACCUGGAGGUGCAGGUCCUGGCCGACGAGUACGGCAACGCCAUCUCCCUCUUCGGCCGCGACUGCUCCAUCCAGCGCCGGCACCAGAAGAUCAUCGAGGAGGCGCCCACCACCAUCGCCGCCCCCUCCGUCAUCGAGGUCAUGGAGCAGUGCGCCGUCCGCCUGGCCCAGACCGUGGGCUACGUGAGCGCCGGCACCGUCGAGUACCUCUACAGCGAAGACGGCAGCUUCCAUUUCCUGGAGCUGAACCCCCGCUUGCAAGUGGAACACCCCUGCACGGAGAUGAUCGCCGACGUGAACCUCCCGGCGGCCCAGCUGCAGAUUGCGAUGGGCAUCCCCUUGCACAGGAUAAAGGACAUCCGAGUGCUGUACGGCGAGUGUCCGUGGGGCGAUACGGGCAUCUUCUUCAACAGCCCCACCAACGCGCCCGUGCCCAGAGGCCACGUCAUCGCCACGCGGAUCACCAGCGAGAACCCCGAGGAGGGUUUUAAGCCAAGCUCUGGGACUGUGCAGGAGCUGAACUUCCGCAGCAGCAAGAACGUCUGGGGCUAUUUCAGCGUAGCCGCUGCCGGAGGUCUGCACGAGUUUGCUGACUCCCAGUUUGGACAUUGCUUCUCAUGGGGAGAGAAUCGGGAAGAGGCCAUAUCGAACAUGGUGGUAGCUCUGAAAGAGCUGUCUAUCCGCGGGGAUUUCAGGACCACAGUUGAGUAUCUCAUUAAGGUGUUGGAGACGGAGAGCUUCCAGAACAACGAGAUAGAUACCGGCUGGCUGGACCAUCUGAUUGCAGAGAAAGUGCAGGCUGAGAAGCCAGACACGAUGUUGGGGGUUGUCUGCGGCGCCCUGAACGUUGCCGAUGCUGCUUUUAGGACGUGCAUGACUGAUUUCCUGCACUCGCUGGAGAGAGGGCAGGUGCUGCCCGCAGCUUCCCUGCUCAACAUUGUCGACGUGGAGCUCGUCUACGAGGGCGUGAAGUACGUUCUGCAGGUCGCCCGCCAGUCGCUCACGACGUACGUCGUUAUAAUGAACAGCACCCACAUCGAGAUAGGGGCCGCCCCUGCUGCUCUCCUACAACGGCAGCAGCUACACCACCUACAUGAAGGAGGAGAUCGACAGGCAGAAAUUUCCCUCUCCUUAAGGUACCGAAUUACCGUGGGGAACAAAACGUGUGACUUCGAGAAAGAGAAAGACCCGACUGUGCUGCGAUCGCCCUCGGCAGGGAAGCUGCUGCAGUACACAGUGGAAGAUGGGGGCCACGUUGUGGAAGGGGAUGUUUUUGCAGAGAUAGAGGUGAUGAAAAUAGUGAUGACCCUGUCAGUAGAGGAGUCUGGCCACCUCCACUACGUGAAGCGGCCAGGAGCGCUGCUGGAGGCAGGCUGCGUCAUAGCCCGGCUGCAGCUGGAUGAUCCCACCAAAGUGAAGCCUGCCCAGCCGUUCACGGGAGGCCUCCCGCCGCAGCAGACCCUGCCCAUCAUGGGGGAGAAGCUGCACCAGGUGCUGCGCAACGUGCUGGACAACCUCAACAAUGUCAUGAACGGCUACUGCCUGCCGGAGCCCUACUUCAGUGCCAAGGUAAAGGAGUGGGUGCUCAAGCUGAUGAAUACCCUGCGGGAUCCCUCCCUGCCUCUCCUGGAGCUUCAGGAAAUCAUGACGAGCAUUUCGGGAAGGAUCCCGCCUUCUGUGGAGAAGUCGAUCAAGAAGGUGAUGGCGCAGUACGCCAGUAACAUCACGUCCGUGCUCUGCCGCUUCCCCAGCCAGCAGAUUGCAAACGUGCUGGACAGCCACGCGGCCACGCUCCAGAGGAAGGCGGAGCGGGAGGUCUUCUUCAUGAACACGCAGAGCAUCGUGCAGCUGGUGCAGAGGUACCGCAGCGGCAUCCGCGGCUACAUGAAGUCGGUUGUGCUGGACCUGCUGCGGCGGUACCUGCAAGUGGAGAUGCAGUUCCAGCAAGGUGCGGGGCGCCGGGGCCGCGGCUCCGCUCCGCGGGGGAGCGGGUCCGGACGCGGCGCCUGCUCUGCCGCAGCUCACUACGACAAGUGCGUCAUCAGCCUGCGGGAGCAGUGCAAGCCCAACAUGACCCCCGUGCUGGAGUGCAUCUUCUCGCACGCCCAAGUGGCCAAGAAGAACCUGCUGGUCACUAUGUUAAUUGACAAGCUGUGUGGCCGGGACCCCACGCUGACCGACGAGCUGACCGCCAUCCUCAACGAGCUGACGCAGCUCAGCAAGACGGAGCACGCCAAGGUGGCCCUGCGCGCCCGGCAGGUGCUCAUCGCCUCCCACCUGCCCUCCUACGAGCUCAGGCACAACCAGGUGGAGUCCAUAUUCUUGUCUGCCAUCGACAUGUACGGACACGAGUACUGCCCGGAAAACCUCAAGAAACUGAUCCUCUCGGAAACCACCAUCUUCGACGUGCUUCCUGUUUUCUUCUACCACGCCAACCAGGUGGUGCGCAUGGCCGCGCUGGAGGUGUACGUGAGACGGGGCUAUAUCGCCUACGAGCUGAACAGCCUGCAGCACCGCCAGCUCUCGGACGGCACCUGCGUGGUGGAGUUCCAGUUCAUGCUGCCCUCGUCCCACCCAAAUAGGAUGUCCGUCCCCGUCAGCAUCUCCAACCCAGACCUGGCCCGGCACAGCACCGAGCUGUUUAUGGACAGCGGCUUUGCUCCUCCGAGCCAGAGGAUGGGGGCUAUCGUCGCCUUCGACCGAUUUGAGGAUUUCACCAGGAACUUCGACGAAGUGAUUUCCUGCUUCGCAGACCCCCCUCUAGAGAGCUCCCUGUUCAGCGAGGCACGAGCCACCGUCUAUGAGGAAGAGGAUGCCAAGAACGUGCGAGAGGAGCCGAUCCACAUCCUCAACAUCGUGCUCAGAUGGGCCGACCACCUGGAGGACGACAAGCUCGUGCCCAUCUUCAGAGCCUUCGCCCAGUCCAAGAAAAACAUCCUUGUUGACUACGGUUUGCGGAGAAUCACAUUCUUAAUUGCCCAGCAGAGAGAAUUCCCAAAGUUUUUUACCUUCAGAGCAAGAGAUGAGUUUGCCGAGGACCGGAUUUAUCGGCACCUGGAGCCGGCCCUGGCCUUCCAGCUGGAGCUGAGCCGCAUGCGGAACUUCGACCUGACGGCAAUUCCCUGCGCCAACCACAAGAUGCACCUCUACCUGGGCGCUGCCAAGGUGCAGGCGGGCACCGAGGCCACCGACUACCGGUUUUUCAUUCGAGCCAUCGUGCGACACUCGGAUCUCAUCACCAAGGAGGCCUCCUUUGAGUAUCUGCAGAACGAGGGCGAGCGGCUGCUGCUGGAAGCCAUGGACGAGCUGGAGGUGGCCUUCAGCAACACGACGGUCCGCACCGACUGCAACCACAUCUUCCUCAACUUUGUGCCGACGGUCGUCAUGGACCCCACCAAGAUCGAGGAGUCGGUGCGCUCCAUGGUCAUGCGCUACGGCAGCCGCCUCUGGAAGCUCCGCGUCCUGCAGGCCGAGGUGAAGAUCAACAUCCGGCUGACGCCAACCGCGACGGCCAUCCCCAUCCGCCUCUUCAUCACCAACGAGUCCGGAUACUACCUGGACAUCAGCCUCUACAAGGAAGUGAGGGACCUCGGCACGGGGAGCAUCAUGUUCCAGUCGUACGGGGACAAGCAAGGGCCGCAGCACGGGAUGCUCAUCAACACGCCGUACGUCACCAAGGACCUGCUCCAGGCCAAGCGCUUCCAGGCCCAGUCCUUGGGCACCACCUACGUGUACGACUUCCCAGAAAUGAUCCGGCAGGCUCUCUUCAAGCUGUGGGGCUCCACAGAGGUGUACCCCAAGGAUAUCCUGACCUACACCGAGCUGGUGCUGGACUCCCAGGGGCAGCUGGUGCAGAUGAACAGGCUCCCUGGAGGCAACGAGGUGGGGAUGGUUGCUUUCAAGAUGAAGCUGAAGACCCCCCAGUACCCGGCCGGCCGGGACGUGGUGCUCAUCUGCAACGACAUCACGCACAAGAUCGGCUCCUUCGGGCCCGAGGAGGACCUGCUCUUCCUCCGCGCCUCGCAGCUGGCCCGUGCCGAGGGCGUCCCCCGCGUCUACAUCGCCGCCAACAGCGGCGCCCGCAUCGGCUUCGCCGACGAGAUCAAGCACAUGUUCCACGUGGCCUGGGUGGACCCUGCAGACCCCUACAAGGGGUUCAGGUACCUGUACCUGACUCCGCAGGAUUACACGAGGAUCAGCUCCCUGAACUCGGUGCACUGUGAGCACGUUGAGGAAGGGGGAGAGUCCAGGUACGUCCUCAUGGACAUCAUCGGGAAAGAGAAUGGAUUUGGGGUGGAAAACCUGCGAGCUGCUGGUACCAUCGCUGGGGAGUCCUCUCGAGCUUACGAAGAAAUAGUGACCAUCAGCAUGGUGACGUGUCGCGCCAUCGGCAUCGGGGCUUACCUGGUGAGACUGGGCCAGCGCGUCAUCCAGGUGGAGAAUUCCCACAUCAUCCUCACCGGAGUCACAGCUCUCAAUAAGGUUUUGGGGCGUGAAGUUUACACAUCCAACAACCAGCUGGGAGGUGUGCAGAUCAUGCACAACAACGGCGUUUCCCACGUCACCGUCCCGGAUGACUUUGAGGGGGUCUACACCAUCCUGCAGUGGCUUUCCUACAUGCCAAAGGAUAACCAUAGCCCGGUGCCCAUCACUGCCAUAAGUGACCCCAUCGAAAGAGAAAUAGAUUUUGUCCCUUCCAAAGUCCCCUACGACCCCAGAUGGAUGCUGGCAGGGCGACCACAUCCGACUCUCAAGGGCACCUGGCAGAGCGGCUUCUUCGACCAAGGCAGUUUCCUGGAGAUCAUGCGGCCCUGGGCGCAGACGGUCGUGGUCGGCAGAGCGAGGCUCGGUGGCCUCCCCGUGGGCGUCAUCGCCGUCGAGACCCGCACUGUGGAGGUGACGAUUCCCGCUGACCCCGCCAACCCCGACUCGGCGGCCAAGAUAAUCCAGCAGGCUGGGCAGGUGUGGUUUCCAGACUCGGCUUUUAAAACUGCCCAAGCUAUUCGGGACUUCAACCGGGAGCAUCUCCCUCUGAUGAUCUUUGCCAACUGGCGAGGCUUCUCCGGCGGCAUGAAAGACAUGUACGACCAGGUGCUGAAGUUCGGCGCCUCCAUAGUCGACAGCCUCAGGGAUUUUAAGCAGCCCGUCCUCGUGUACAUCCCGCCGCACGCGGAGCUGCGCGGGGGCUCCUGGGUGGUCAUCGACCCCACUAUCAACCCUCUCUACGUGGAGCUCUACGCGGACAAGGAGAGCAGGGGUGGCAUUCUGGAGCCUGGAGGAACAGUAGAGAUCAAGUUCAGGAAGAAAGAUUUGGUGAAGACCAUGAGAAGGAUCGAUGCAGUUUAUGCCCGUCUUGUUGAGCAGCUGG